AUGGAUGAGGAUUCUGGCAACAGUGAACCACCCUCAAAAUGGGACUUGUUCAACUAUAUCCCCUAUAUUCUCUCGUCUCAUAUCGACAUAUGUUUUGCUCCCUCAAUGAGACACCAACCUUCUAUUGUCACCAUGGAAGAAAUCCGAAGUGCGAAAGACCUAUGCCUGUACAGUAUGGGCGGCUGCAAAAUCCUGGAGAUCAACGCAUCAACUAUACUGAAAGUGGGACCUGUGGUUCAGAUGGGAGAAGCAGAGGCCCUCUGCCUUCUGAAAAAAAGGACAUCAGUCCCUGUUCCUGAAGUCUUCAAUGCUUACACAAUCGCGGAUUGCGGGUUUAUUUUGAUGUCAAAAAUACCUGGUCUCCCUUUAGAACAAUGCUGGACAGGCUUAACUCAGGAUGCCAAGAGUUCUAUUGUCCGACAGCUUGGCGGUUUUAUUCGGGAAUGGCGCCAGAUUAAAGGGCCGCUCUUCGGAUCUAUUGAUGGUGGUCCAUGCGAAGAUAUCAUCUUCCAACAUCCAUGGGAUGCAAAGCCCCGUCGCUAUGGACCUUUCUUGACAAGAAAGGAAUUUAAUCAAGGAGUAGUAGAGGCUCUCCGCAACUCCAGACCCAAUGCGCAGCUCACGAGAAGAGAUGAGCCUCUGGUAGAGAGAAUUCUCGCAUCGGGUGACCAGGAUGAAACAAAGGUGCUCACGCAUGGUGACUUGCAUCAAAGCAACAUUAUUGUGGAGGGUAAUGUCGUGACCGGAAUCAUAGACUGGGGCGCAGCUGGCUAUAGUGUAUCGGCAAGGGAGUAUUUUUGCUUGCGGUGGCAAGCGUUAGAUCUAGACUGGAGGGAUCUUAUAUCUACUAUACUUGACGUCGACGAGUAUGAGUUUUGGGCUGAAAUUAAUCAGUCCAUGGUGGACUAUACUGGGGUUUGA